AUGUAAUUCAAAUUUAUAUUAAUGACUUUAACAUUUUUUCUAAUUUCACAAUAAUUUGUGAUAACUAAACACAAAAGAAGUCUUUUCUUUUAACCAUAAUAAUUGUAUAAAAAUUUACAGAUUAAUAAGUUUGAUAACCAAAAUAUAUUGAAAAUCUUACAAAUUUCCCUAUUCUUUAAAUUUAUACUAAAAAUUCUAUAUUUUUUAUGCUUGCAGCUUUACUAAAUUUAGAUUUUGCUCUCAACUUAAAUAUAUUAGAUCAUCACAAGUUUUCUUAAAAUCGGUAUUGUUUUAUAAAUCAGUGAUACAUAAUCUUCAUUGAAUUUUGUUUAUCUAUAAUUAAUAAACUAAUUAUUGGCUAAAAUUGGUAUAAUUCAAUCACUUCUAAUUAUUUUCACUAAUCUAUCAAAUUUUGAAUUAAAUCCUAUGUCAUCAGGUAUUUUUUAAUAACCAAUUUAUGAUAAUCAAUUACUAUAUAAAAAAUGA